CUUUUAUCAGCUGAUCUGCAGACUCACUUUCUCUGCAUCUCCUCCCUAGAUCCUACCAAAGCUUAAAUAAAUAAAAAAAAAUGGCGGCGACGUCGUCGGAAAAUAAGGCAUCGUUAAUUGAUGGAAAAGCCAUUGCUCAGUGUAUCCGAUCAGAAAUCGCCGAUGAAGUUCGUCUUCUCUCUCAAAAGUAUGGAAAGGUCCCUGGACUGGCGGUAGUCAUUGUGGGCAACAGGAAGGAUUCUCAAAGCUAUGUUAAUAUGAAAAGAAAAGCAUGUGCUGAGGUUGGAAUUAACUCUUUGGACAUAGACCUUCCUGAGCAGGUUUCUGAGCCGGAAUUGAUCGCCAAGGUUCAUGAGUUAAAUGCAAACCCCGAAGUACAUGGUAUACUUGUUCAGCUUCCAUUGCCCAAACAUAUUAAUGAAGAAAGAGUUUUAACUGAAAUAAGCAUUGAGAAAGAUGUAGAUGGAUUCCAUCCUCUGAACAUCGGGAAACUUGCAAUGAAAGGCAGAGAACCCCUGUUUCAUCCUUGCACGCCGAAGGGCUGUCUUGAGCUUCUGUCUCGAAGUGGCAUCAGCAUAAAAGGCAAGAAGGCAGUUGUUGUAGGUCGUAGUAAUAUUGUUGGAUUGCCAGUUUCACUCCUCCUCUUGAAAGCAGAUGCAACCGUUAGUAUUGUUCACUCUCAUACCACUGAUCCUAAAAGUAUCAUCCGUGAAGCUGACAUCGUCAUAGCUGCAGCAGGACAAGCCAUGAUGAUUAAAGGUGACUGGAUAAAGCCUGGUGCUGCUGUGAUUGAUGUGGGGACAAAUGCAGUGGAUGAUCCGAGUAAGAAGGCAGGCUACCGGCUGGUGGGGGAUGUCGAUUUCCAUGAAGUGAGUAAAGUAGCAGGAUGGAUAACGCCUGUCCCUGGAGGUGUUGGUCCCAUGACUGUAGCCAUGCUACUUAGAAAUACCUUGGAUGGCGCCAAACAUGUGAUCGAGCAGUGAAGGCUCCUUCCUUUCCUAUGAAGGGCAUGUUCUAUGAUAUUCUCCCAUUUAAGAGUUUGUACAAGUUUGAGUGUAAGAAGUAUAUGGUUCAGGUCUUUGCUUCUCUGGAUUUUGAUCAUGUUGAAAAUACUCUCUUCAAAGAAUACCUCUGAUUAGGAUGUUGCUUUUUAGAUCGAUAUGGAUCAAUAUUUAGUUGGGGGAAUUAUUUUGUCAUUUCUGAUGAAUGUGAUAUAGAUUUUGGUGUA